UCAGUUGUUUGGUAGCAUUUCUUCCUGGCUCAUGUCGGAUCAUAGCUGGAGACCUGCAGACUCGAGGCCAGAGAGCCCCAGAAACUCAUUCCGGCAGCUCCCUGAUGAGAAUGCGUAUCCUAUUGCUCUUUCCAUAUGCUCAGAGUCUCGGACGCACACACUGAAGAGCUUCUAUCGGAUGCGCCAUUACAAUCACCCUGGCUGGUCUUUCUUCAACCCGACGUGCGAUAUUCUUUGGCUUUCGAGCAGGAGGAUGUGACAGAAUUAAGUACGUCUUAUGGCCGACAACUGGCCGACGUCCAGAAUGUGAUUCUGAGUGUGAAUGGGUGGAGUGAAAUCGCAGAUCUCGAGAUCUUGCGUCUUCUUGGUGGCGUCAAUAUCAUCCAGAUACUCCUCGGCGUCAACCAAACGCCAACAGACGUUCUUCAACUCCAGCACAGGGUCCAACUCCAAUUUGGGGACGACGAAAGGUGGUGCUUUGUGUUUCGGUUUAUGGACCGGCUGUACAAUCCCUGUGGUGAAGUCGCAGUAGGGAGAAUCAGGCAUUAGGGAAGGCGGCGUCCGGGGCCAAGGACGAAG